AGCCAGGGCGGCGGGGCGGUGAUGUCAGGGCUGGUGCUGAUGCUGGCGGCGCAGUGCAUUGUGGGCAGCUCCCCGCUCUGCCGCUGCCACCGCUGUCGCCCGAGGAGGAUCGGGGCCGGCCGGGCCGGGAUGGUCCCGGUCCGGAGGCCGCCGCCGCCGCCGCCGCUGCCGCCGCCGCGGGAGGGAGCGGGCCGCCCAGCGCCGCACUGAGCCGCCCCCGCCCCCGCCCCGCCCCGGUCCCGGGGGAUGCGCCGCCCCAAGCCGCUGCCUCCGCCGCCGCAGCCUCAGCCGCAGCGGGGACCGAGCAGGUAGAUGGCCCCCCCAGGGCAGGCCCUGCGGACACCCCUCCUCCCUCCGGCUGGCGGAUGCAGGGCCUAGCGGCUGCUCCUAAGGACGAAACCAACAUGAGUGGGGGAGGGGAGCAGGCCGACAUCCUGCCGGCCAACUACGUGGUCAAGGAUCGCUGGAAGGUGCUGAAAAAGAUUGGAGGUGGGGGCUUUGGUGAGAUCUACGAGGCCAUGGACCUGCUGACCAGAGAGAACGUGGCCCUCAAGGUGGAGUCAGCCCAGCAGCCCAAGCAGGUCCUCAAGAUGGAGGUGGCCGUGCUCAAAAAGCUGCAAGGGAAAGACCAUGUGUGCCGGUUCAUUGGCUGCGGCCGGAACGAGAAGUUUAACUACGUGGUGAUGCAGCUCCAGGGCCGGAACUUGGCGGACCUGCGCCGCAGCCAGCCGCGAGGCACCUUCACGCUGAGCACCACGCUGCGGCUGGGCAAGCAGAUCCUGGAGUCCAUCGAGGCCAUCCACUCCGUGGGCUUCCUGCACCGAGACAUCAAGCCGUCCAACUUUGCCAUGGGCCGGCUGCCGUCCACCUACAGGAAGUGCUACAUGCUGGACUUCGGGCUGGCCCGGCAGUACACCAACACCACGGGGGACGUUCGGCCCCCUAGGAACGUGGCCGGGUUUCGAGGGACUGUUCGGUACGCCUCGGUCAACGCACACAAGAACCGGGAGAUGGGCCGCCACGAUGACCUGUGGUCCCUCUUCUACAUGUUGGUGGAGUUUGCAGUGGGGCAGCUGCCCUGGAGGAAGAUCAAGGACAAGGAGCAGGUGGGGAUGAUCAAGGAGAAGUAUGAGCACCGGAUGCUGCUGAAGCACAUGCCCUCUGAGUUCCACCUGUUCCUGGACCACAUCGCCAGCCUCGACUACUUCACCAAGCCUGAUUACCAGCUGAUCAUGUCGGUGUUUGAGAACAGCAUGAAGGAGAGGGGCAUCGCGGAGAACGAGGCCUUCGACUGGGAGAAGGCUGGCACGGAUGCGCUCCUGUCCACGAGCACCUCCACCCCGCCCCAGCAGAACACGCGGCAGACGGCAGCCAUGUUCGGGGUGGUCAACGUGACACCGGUGCCUGGAGACCUGCUCCGCGAGAACACGGAGGACGUGCUGCAGGGCGAGCACCUGAGUGACCAGGAGAACGCACCCCCAAUCCUGCCUGGGCGGCUCCCCGAGGGGCUGGGCCCCGGCCCCCUCCUCGCCCCGCACCCCGGGGGCCCUGAAGCUGAAGUCUGGGAGGAGACAGAUGUCAACAGGAACAAACUCCGGAUCAACAUCGGCAAAACCCCCUGCGUGGCGGAAGAGGAGCAGAACCGAGGGGUGGGGGUCCCCAGCUCUCCGGUGCGAGCCCCUCCAGACUCACCGACAACCCCAGUGCGUUCUCUGCGCUACCGGAGGGUCAACAGCCCUGAGUCGGAGAGGCUCUCCACUGCGGAUGGGCGGGCGGAGCUACACGAGAGGAGGUCACGAAUGGAUCUGCCCGGCUCACCCUCGCGCCAGGCCUGCUCCUCACAGCCGGCCCAGAUGCUGUCAGUGGACACGGGCCAGGCCGACCGGCAGGCCAGCGGCCGCAUGGACGUGUCGGCCUCCGUGGAACAGGAGGCCCUGAGCAACGCCUUCCGCUCGGUGCCGCUGGCCGAGGAGGAGGACUUCGACAGCAAGGAGUGGGUCAUCAUUGACAAGGAGACAGAGCUCAAGGACUUCCCCCCGGGGGCCGAGCCCAGCACCUCGGGCACCACGGACGAGGAGCCGGAGGAGCUGCGGCCGCUGCCCGAGGAGGGUGAGGAGCGGCGGCGGCCAGGGCCAGAGCCCACUGCCCGGCCCCGGGGACGCUGCAUGCAGACGCUGGCCGAGGAGGACCUGCGACAGACACCAUGCCAGUUCCCGCCACCCCAGCUGAGCCAGGCCGAUGGGCGAUCAGAGACAUCGCAGCCCCCCACGCCCGGCAGCCCUUCCCACUCACCCUUGCACUCCGGACCCCGCCCUCGACGGAGAGAGUCGGAUCCCACUGGUCCUCAGAGGCAGGUGUUCUCCGUGGCGCCCCCAUUUGAGGUGAACGGUCUCCCACGAGCUGUGCCUCUGAGCCUGCCCUACCAGGACUUCAAGAAAGACCUCUCCGACUACCGCGAGCGGGCGCGGCUGCUCCACCGGGUCCGGAGAGUGGGCUUCUCGCACAUGCUCCUCGCCACCCCCCAGAUCCCGCUGACUCCUGUUCAGCCUCAAGCUAAUGGGAAGGAGGGAGAGGAGGAGGAUGAGGAAGAAGAUGAAGAAGAGGAAGAGGAGGAGGAAGAGGACGAGGAGGAAGAGGAGGAAGAGGAGGACGAGGAGGACCAGGAAGAGGUGGAGGACGUGGAGGAGGAGGCAAUAGCCCUGGGGGAGGCACUGGGGCCUCGCAGUGGCUCCAGCAGUGAGGGGAGCGAGAGGAGCACCGACCGGAGCCAGGAGGGCGCCCCGUCCACGCUGCUGGCUGAUGACCAGAAGGAGUCCAGGGGCCGGGCCUCCAUGGCUGACGGGGACCUGGAGCCUGAGGAGGGCUCCAAAACGCUGGUGCUCGUCUCCCCUGGUGACAUGAAGAAGUCGCCUGUCACUGCCGACCUGGCCCCUGACCCUGACCUGGGCACCCUGGCUGCCCUCACUCCUCAGAACGAGCGGCCCCAGCCCACCGGCAGCCAGCUGGACGUGUCUGAGCCAGGCACCCUGUCCUCCAUCCUCAAGUCUGAGCCCAAGCCCCCCGGGCCUGGGACAGGGCUGGGGACCGGGGCAGUCACCGCAGGGGCAGGGGGAGUGGCAGUCACCUCCUCACCCUUCACCAAAGUUGAGAGGACCUUUGUACACAUUGCAGAGAAAACCCACCUCAACGUCAUGUCUUCCGGUGGGCAAGCCUCACGGCCUGAGGAGCUCAGCUCUGGGGGCGAGCUGGGCCUGGAGGUGCCCUCUGAGGAGAGGGCUGCAGAGGAGGGGACCUCUGUGCCCCUGGAGAAUGGUAUUCCCCAGUCAGGGCUGGAGAGCUGUGCCCUGCCUGGCCCUCCUGGGGACACCCCCAUGGAGGUGGCCAUGGACUCACUGCCCAGUGGAUCACCCCUUGUCGAUGGGCCAGCCCCAGCAUCCCCGCUGGAACCAGACCCCGAGAAACUGGCCACCAUCUCCCCCAGCCACCGUGCCAUGCCAGGCCCUCGCUGCAGGAGCCGCAUCCCUGUGCUGCUGUCGGAGGAGGACACUGGUUCGGAGCCCUCAGGUUCACUGUCGGCCAAAGAGCGGUGGGGCAAGCGGGGGAGACCCCAGCAGGACCUGGCCCGGCUGGUGAUGGAGAAGAGGCAGGGCCGCCUGCUGCUGCGGCUGGCCUCUGGGGCCUCCUCCUCCUCCAGCGAGGAGCAGCGCCGCGCCUCUGAGACGCUCUCGGGCACAGGCUCCGAGGAGGACAUGCCGGCCUCUGAGCCCUCGGUGCCCAGGAAGGCCGGGCGGGCGGCUGCCACCCGGAGCCGGAUUCCCCGCCCCAUCAGCAUCCGCAUGCCCACACCUGCCCCAGCCCAGCAGUCCCCUGGCAGACCCCAUGGUGCGGCCCCAGCAUCGGACACAGCCAUCACCAGCAGGCUCCAGCUGCAGAAGCCUCCAGGGUCGGCCACUGCUGCCGACUUCCAUCCCAAACAGCCCCUUGGCCGGGGCCAGGGCCCAGGGCGAGGCCAAGCCAGCACCAGGCCCACAGCCCCGCGCAGUCCGGGCCUCCCUGCCUCCACCGCGCGCAAUUCCAGCGCGUCCCCCCGCAGCCAGUCCCUGUCCCGCAAAGAGAGCCCCUCACCCUCGCACCAGGCCCGGCCUGGAGGGCCCCCACCCCGAGGCGCUUCACAGGCCCGGGCCGAGCCUGAUGGCACCCCCUCCCUAGGGGGGCCCAAGAAAGGACCCAGAGGGAAACUCCAGACUCAGCGCGCAGCAACCAAAGGCCGGGCAGGUGUCGCGGAGGGCCGGGCCGGGGCCAGAUAAUGACGCGCGGGCUCUGUGUGGGCCCCCACCCUCACUCCAGCCCCCAACCCGCAGCCGGCCACACUGGAUCAGCUCCCAGCACAGCCUUACGCGCCCGACGCGCCACCCGCGGCCCCAGCUUCCUGCCUGCACCCGCCGUGCUCGCCCCAGCCAGGCUCCACCGGUGGGGGCACCUCGCCGCAGGGGUAGAGCUCGCCUCCCUUCCUUCCCCAGUCACCUCCCGCCUCCUGCCGCCCGCCCGUCCGCCGGAAGGCUCAGCCACUCUUCUCGGAGGACCCCGCUAAUCGGGACAGCCCGCUCUCCCGCCAGGCCUCUGCUGCUCUCCUUGCUCCACCCCGACACACCUCUGCUUACACCUCCUACAGAGCCUUUCCCUCCUCCCAACCCUCUUCCAGCCAAAGCCCCCCUUUCAGAAAGGCAGCCUCAAUUUCCCCAAGUGGAGGCUCCAGCCUCCCCAAGAGGCCAGCCCCACAGUCCCCUGGGAAGGACCACUUCUCAGCUGGGAGUCUUGGGGCUGGGGAGGUGGGACCUAGGGCCAUUGGUCUACUCAGGUGUGAGGGGGCAGGUAUGACCUGCCCCGGAGCUCCAUCCUGGACACCCUGUGGGAGGCAGUGAGCAGUGUGGGGGUUGCUCUAAAGUGCAAGUCCCCCCACCCCCUGUAUUUGGGUGGGGCCUCAGUGGGAGCCACAGGGUGUGGACUGCCUGCCUGGGCCUGUAUUUCCCAGUGGGAAGUUGGAGGAAGGGCUUUAAAGAAGUUUCACUGGUCCUUGGCCCCCAUCUAGUGCUCAGGACCCCUCAGCAUCCGGAAUUCCUUAUCGCCAUCUAACUCAAUCUUGCCUCCUGCAGUCUCAGCCAACUCCCUUCUCUCCUGGGUUCAGUGGAGGUGGAGAGUGGCUGCUCAUCAUCUCUCGCUGGCCCUUUGGAGAUUCAGGGACACAGUUCUGGCCAGGCCACCCUCCCUGUUCUCCUGGCUGUGACCAUCAUGUCCCCCUGUGGGCAGAGAGAGCAGAAACAGACAGACAGACAGACAGAUGACAGCUGGCCCCUGGACUCAAGGCAGAAAGGCCCUUCUAACUUCCAGAUUAUAUGCUUGUGUGAUGGGUCCAGCCCAAGUCCUCUCCUCCCCAGCUCACCCUUAGCUCAUCCCUCUUGUCAUAAUCCCACACCAUGCAGCCGAGCUGUCCCUGCAGAGAUGUGAGGACUGCUCUGCUCCGUGAGUGAUAUGGGGCCUCCUCCUCGGUCUGGCUCCUGCAUAGCUCUCACCCCGGCUCAUCACAAGCCUCAACUGUCCACAUCUGGGCCAACCAGUACACUGGCUGCAGAAGGGACAGCCAAACCUGCUUAUCUGGGACAGGUCCUGGCAGGCCUCCUCCAUGCUCAGCACCCACAGCCUCUGUCCCCUGACCUGCCCUUUCUGUUUUACCCUGGGUCAUGGAGAACAAGGCCGACAACCAGGGAAAGAGGAAGAAAGGCCCCUGCUAUGCCCCAGUGAUCUGGCAGCACCCAGCCACCAUCGCUUGAAAGGAUGCCCACGAGGAAGGUGACCCAGGGAGCAGCCUGGCGAUGCCCGCUGAAGCCCUUCAUGGAGAGGCAGCAGGCUUGGGCAGCUGCUUCCAUGCCGAGGUGGUGGCAUCUCUGCAGACCAGCCUAGGGGAGGACUCCAGGGUGGACAGCCCCCGAGGUCCACCCCACGCUGACGCAGAAGCUCCCAGAACACUCAGGAAACCUCUCUGGACAGAGCCCUCUUUGUCAACCCGAGACCCUCCCAAGACCUCUACUGCCCUCUGGGUCCAGCAGAGGGGGUGGAGAAGGGGCCAUGCCCUCCCACCUAGAGCUUCUCUGAAUGACAAUCAGCUCCUGCCAGGUGGGGACCAGGGCAUGACCCCUGGUACCCAGGUCCUGGGCCUGCUCCUUGCUACCAACCGAACUGUGAAUGUAGGGCCCCAGACUCACCCCUGCCCCAGGACCAACAACACCCUGGUUUGGUGUUGGGAGGAAAAGGGGGUGACCUGAGAGAGCCCAGGCCCAUCCUACCGUCCUGCUUCACCCCGCACCGAAGGUGGGCAGAGCUGCAAAAUCCUGUCUGUCCUUGGGAAACCAGACCUCCCCAGGGCUCCUAACUGACCUCAGGCCUCUGCGUCAUUGAAUGUCACCAGAGUUGGGAAGGAGGAGCAGGGGCGAGUGUGGGAGGAGGCUAGAGGAUUCUGCUUCUCUCCCCAGGAAGGAUCCAAGGCAGAGGAAACCAUGUCUCCCAGUGCCCCACCCCCAGCUGCAGCCUCUUCUCCCUUGAGCACCAUCCCCUCCACCAAGCUCUGCAGGUCCUGAGCCCCUUCUCUGUCAGAGUGUCACACCACCACCACCACCACCACCACCGCACUCCAGCUCUUCCUCAUGACAGCCCCUGUCACUGGCUCAGAUGCGGGGCUGCCCACCCCAGACAUGCCUUCCCUCCCCAGCCUCACUGUGCACCAAGAGGGUGCAGGAGAUGUACCCCAGGCACAUGGCGCCCCCUUCCCAGCUCCUCACAGGGGCCUGGCUUGCUCCGUCUUCUCUGGGGACCGGCCCCGGUGGGCUGGGGUUGGGGACAGGGAGUUGCCCUCCCCUUCUCCAGGGAAGCCACAGAAGAAUGUUUACAUGCCAAACAGAAUGUAACACCCGCCCCCAGUCACUGCAUGGCCUCUGCCCACCCUGCACCUGUCCACCCCUACCCCAACAUCCAGGAAGCCGCUGUCAUGAUUAGAUCGGGUCUCAGAGGGAAGUAGCCAUCACACCAUUAAAAAGCCUGUGGACCUUU